GUUUCAUGAGAGCUAACGAAAGUGCCAAGGUUGAAAAAGCUCUCUCAGUAUUGGGUCUUCAUUUAAUUGUCGUCGAUGCUUCUGAAACUUUUUAUAACUCCACCACAACCAUCAAUGGCCAUUUAACCAAUAAAUUAAAGGAUACUAUCAACCCAGAAGAAAGAAGAAAAAUCAUUGGUGAUACUUUUAUGAAAGUAGCUGAACAAGAGGUAAAGAAAUUAGGUUUAAGUCCAGAAGAUGUCUUUUUAGCUCAAGGUACUCUUCGUCCAGAUCUUAUCGAGUCAUCAUCCAAAACUGUAUCAGGUGUUGCUGAUGUCAUUAAAACUCAUCAUAAUGAUACAGAGCUUGUUAGAUUAUUAAGAGAUACAGGUAGAGUAGUUGAACCAUUGAAAGAUUACCAUAAAGAUGAAGUUAGAGAACUCGGAAAAUCAUUAGGUUUACCAGAUAGUUUAGUUUGGCGUCAACCAUUCCCUGGUCCAGGUUUAGCUAUUCGUAUUAUUUGUACAGAAGAACCAUACUUGUUAAACUAUGACUUUACUCAUAAGGUCGUACAGUAUUUAGUUUGUGGUGAUCAACAUCAAGAAUUAGAUUUAGAAGUUAAAGCUAAAAUUGACCAACAACUCAAAGAGACUAAGUUUGUUCGUGAUCCAUCAAUUAAACCAAUCGUUUUACCAAUGCAAACUGUAGGUGUUCAAGGUGAUGGUAGAACUUAUUCCUAUUUAUUAGGUCUUUAUUGUACAGCUCCAGAACAUCAAAAAAUUUCAAAUGUCCCAUGGACCACUAUAUUCAAUUUAGCUCGUCUUAUUCCAAAAGUUUGCCAUAAUAUCAAUAGAGUUUGUUUUAUCUUUUCAAAUAAUUCACCAUCUACUCCAAAUUUACAACUUUUAAAUGAACCAAUGAAAAACGUUACAAAUACAUAUUUAAACAGAGAAGCCAUUCACCAAUUACAAGAAGCUGAUGAAAUUGUUAACCAAUCGUUAUUAAAAUUCGAUCUUAUCAAAUCAUUAUCACAAGUUCCUGUAGUAUUACUCCCAAUUGAUUUUGGUAUUAAAGAUAAUAGAUCCAUUGCAAUUCGUACUUUUAUUACCAAUGAUUUUAUGACAGGUGUACCAGCAAUCCCAGGUAAAACAAUUCAAUACGAAUGUUUAGAAGAAAUUUCAACCAAUGUUUUAUCAAAUGUUAAGGGUAUUUCAAAGAUUUUAUUCGAUUGUACUUCAAAACCACCUGGUACAACUGAAUUUUUAUAAAUAUAUAUAAAAUAUAAAUAAAAAAAGUAAAUUU